CGCGACCCCUUGGGUUGCUGUAUUGGCUCGUGGCUCACAUGUUGGGUUGCUGUCCGGCGAAUCCCUGCCCCGGGCCGCCGGCCCCGAAGGCGCCCUGGCCAGGGAAGUUGCCGUAGCCCCGCAUGCCCUGGGGGGUGGGGCCGCCGCCCAUGCCCAUGCCCAUGCCGCCGCCCAUGCCGCCCAUGCCCAUGCCGCUGCCCACCCUCAACCUGUCCAUGUCACCUGCAAAAGGGCGCGAGAGAGACACCUGCAAAAGUAGAACGACGUGCGUGUCUCUCUCGCGCACCUUCCUUCUGCUGCAACUGCCUUGUCAGCUCAGCCACCUGCCGCUGAGACGCUGAAAAUUCGUCUAACACACAUUCACAUGCCCGUAUUCACUGUAUUCGGCACUGGCUCACCUUGCAGCUCUUCGAUGGUUGCCUGUUGCUGGCUGCUCUCUCGUUCGAGAGACUCCAUCCGGAAUUUAUCUUCGCCACGUUUGCGGCGGAGGUCCAAGAUUUCCUGGUCCGCUUCAUCGAUUUCCUGCUCGGCCUGCUGCCACAUUCGGUGCACCUAAAGUAGCCACACAGACAGGUGCGUGCAUGCGAACCCGCCAGAGACAAGCAGAUUUCAAGCACGUCUACACGAACAUCUGGGUUGACCACCCUGUUUGCGGCGUUGAGCAGCUCCUGUGCCGUCGGCCUGUCCUGGGGGGCCGCUGUGAUGCCUCGCGUGACGAGCGGGCCGAGCGGGCGGGGCAAAGAGAGGGGCAGGAAGGCUGUGUUCUUCACACCGCCGCCGCUUAGCGAAAACCACUCUCCCAACCACAGCUCGGCGAGGAUAACACACGCCCCAAACACAUCCAUCGACUUAUCAACGACGGCGGGAGGGCCCGCCUGGUGCUGCGGCGGCUGCUGGGGGACGUUGGGAAAGCCGGGCUGGGCAGGCGGCAGGAGGUUGGUGUUGGCCGACUCCUAGUGGCACUCGGGCAGCAUGUACUCCCUUCUAUAUCCUGUCUCCAGCUCCACGCCCCUCGCCCACCGAUGAAUGCUGCUGUCCCGAAGUCAAUGAGGUACACCUUGUUUGUAUCGUCUUCCAGCGGUAUGUUAUCUGACAGAUGGAGACAUACAGGCAUACACAGAGACUGUGUGUAUGCAUGUCUCUUGUGCACCUGCUUGAUGCGCUUCACACCUACCUGGCUUGAUGUAUUCGCCUGAGUGCAUGUAGACAAGGGCCGAUAGCACUUGCUUGGCGAUAGCAACGAACAGACAGACCGACAUCCGCUUCUUGACCAGCUUCUCAAGGCUUUGGGCUUU